AUGUCAAAUGAAACAGCGUCUAUGAGAGAAAUACAACACAACCGACAACUCAUUAUGCAAGCUCUAAAUAAGAACACAACAAACUUUUCAAACUAUUCUAAGAUAUCUGAGUCAUUGAAAGAAGGAAACUUAAAACUGACAAUAAACCCAAUGACAGAUGAGUUUCUGUUUCAAGACAAUAAGAACCAUACUGUCUGUAUAAAUCCAACAAAAGGAACUUUAAACGAGAAACCUAUAAAUGAACUUCUUUUGAAAACAGAUGUUGACAACAAAGCUGACAAAGAAUAUGUAGACGAUGCAAUAGCAAAAGAAGAAGAAAGAGCUAACAAUGCUUAUGCAACAAAAGAACAUACUCAUCCUGAACUAGCAGACAAAACAUAUGUUGACAAUAAAAUGUCAAGUGAAGUGACGAGAGCUGAAAACGAAUAUUCUAAAAAGACUCAUACACAUUCUAUAUCUGAAAUAACAGACUUACAAGAAACCUUA